CGUUUUCCUUAUGUUGCUGCCAGUCUCCUCCCUGGCUGGUAAUUUCUACUCUGCUCAAAACACUGGGCCAUGCCAUGGCAGCAGUGCUUCUUGCUCACUUCUGCUGCUGCUAGAGAUGACACUGUCAUCACCAGAUCUUUCAGUCAUUCAGACCCUUCACAACCAAACUUUUCUAGACCAUAGCAAGCUACCUAUCUGCAGAAGGAUUACUCUCUCAUCUCUGAAGAGGGACAUCUCUCAUGAUGCCGAGCAGCCUGGCCCAAGUGGGAUGCAGAAAGUACCCGAUUUUAAUUGGAUGGAACCGGGCCAGGCUUUGACUUUUAUUGGCCACCAGGAAACAGAAGGGAAAGGAAAUAUUCACACAGGAGCAAGACCUCCCUGGCUAAUAAACGAAGAGGAGGAGGUUGGAAGCCAGCAACAAAUUGGACCAUCAUAUGAGGAAUUUCUCAAAGAAAAGGAGAAGCAGAAGCUGAAAAAGCUCCCAGCAGAUCGCGUCGGUGCCAACUUUGACCAUACCUCUCAGACAGGCGACAGCUGGCUUCCUUCCUUCGGGCGGGUUUGGAACCAUGGCAGGAGGUGGCAGUCCAGGCAUCAAUUUAGAGCUGAAUCGGGGGAAAAGAAGAAAAAAAGGUGAUCAGAAAAAGAGCACAAAAGAGACCAAACUGAGACCCUUGUGAAAAGGUGGACCGUAGGUAAGCUGCAGCUUUGUCAUGGCUGCUGCUGCCAGGUUUGGCUCUAUGUAUCCAUCUAGAUGUGUUCAGUUCCCUGGAAGGCAAGCUGACCCAAGGAUAAUCCUAUGGGUUGAGUAGUUUUGCUGAAGGCUACUCUGCAAGGGAUGUUGCAGUAGAUUUAUUCCCCCUGUAAUGGACAUGUAAUAAUCAUCCAGGCACUGCAUUUUGAAGUCAUAAAUUACACAAAGGCAAAACCUGCCAGUGAGGAAGGUCUCCUGCCUGUUUGCUUUUAUCUUGGUAUCGGGAAGCCUGGCUUAUACAGCACAUGGUGCCAGUGUCCUACGUUGCUGUACAGCAUGGCAUGCCUCUAAAUAAACUCGUUGAGAAAUAAACUUUUUUAAAAAUCACUUUUGUUAAUAGACCAAUAGAAACUCAUUUCAGAGGCAGAGGUAGCAGCUCUCAGGGCAACUGAUGCCACGUUGUUUUACUUCCAACGCUUCAAAACAUAACCUUCAGGGAAAGGAGUCCAGUUCUGCCCCACCUCUGAGGUGACCAUAAUCAGUUCUCCACAGAGGAAAGGAGGCUUUAAAAACCUUCCCUAUGGUCAGUUGUUCCUCUUCAUUCAAACAAAAUAUUUACAGCCUUAUUUAGAGCUGCUUACCUGUACUUGCCCACCUGAUACUGACCUGACGUGCUGUUUCCUUGUGUACACUGAAACAUGCGGGUACUGCUUGUUUAGACAGAGUUUAAAUGCGUAAUCAAAAUACUCCCAUUAACACCUUCACUAUCUAGAAUGCAAGAAACCCAAGGUUUACAUUUUUUUUCCUACUAGAAAAGCUGAAUACAGUUUUAUAUUAUUUUAGCAAUUAGUGAUGUUAAAAGUUCCUUCCAAUUUUACAACAUAAAAGAAUGCUUAUGGCACAUUUGUAACAACGCGUGAAUGCUAAAGGCUUGGCAAAAACUGGCUGAUACAGGAAGAUAC